UGAGAGAGAGACAGAUAAUACAUAAGUGCCAGUGAGAGAGAUAGAGAAAGUGAGAGAAGGGAGAGAGAAAAGUGACCAUGUCCACCACUAUGGCCGUCUUGGCGACCCGUCCUGUCCUCUCACCCGGCUCAGGAUCAACUUCCUCCGGGGGAAUAUUCCUCUCCGACCCGAUCUACACCCCCACAACCACCAGCCCUCAUCCAGACUCCCCCUUCCCGCGGCUCACCACCACCGGACUCCUCAACCCCUUCCUACCCGGCUCAGGAGUCCCAUCCGGUGGCUUGGGAUUCACCAACACACCGGUGUUUGGAGAUCGAGUCAUUUCCACCACUGCAACCACAACCAGUGAGUGCAGAAUGGUGGAUGUACACGGAGUAAAAGUUGCCUCUUUCAGCGUCGGAGGACAGGACGAGUUGAUUUGUCUACCCCAAGUUUUUGACCUCUUUCUAAAACACCUCGUCGGCGGGCUUCAUACCGUUUACACCAAGCUGAAACGCCUGGAUAUAUGUCCGGUUGUGUGUACUGUGGAGCAGGUCCGGGUCCUGAGGGGGCUCGGUGCGAUCCAACCGGGAGUCAACCGCUGCAAGCUCAUCUCCAGGCGAGACUUCGAGGCGCUCUACACUGAUUGCACCAUUGCGAGCUCUCGUCGUCCGGGCCGGCCUCCCAAGCGCUCUGUUGGGGGAGGGAUUCAAGAAAGCUCCAGGCUUCUCCAUCCUGGGGUUCACGGCCUGCUGUCACCUGGCAUGCUCUCUCACCCAGGAGGGAGUGCGUGUUCCUGGGAUAAGGAGAGGCUGGGGGGACAACAAGGUCUUAACAACCAGAUGAACUCACUACAGCAACAGGGUCUUAACCACCAGAGGAACUCACUACAGCAACAGGGUCUUAACCAGAUGAACUCACUACAGCAACAUCAGCAACAACUACUGGCCAGCCGUCUCCAGGACAUCCCCUUCAUGAUGAUGCCCCACCGUUUACUUCCUGUCCGGUUGCCCCCGGCUUCGGUUGCCAUGGCGAUGUCGCAGAUGAACCACCUCAACACCAUCGCUAACAUGGUGGCCGCCGCGCAGAUACACACACACACACACCAGGCCCCCAUCAUCAAGGAGCGUGUGUGUGACAGUCCAUCCCCAUCUCCUUCUGUGGAUGACAUACACACUCCUCUCCUGUCCCAGCACUCCUCACCACCCAGCUCUACAGCAUCCCGCUCACCAGACCGUCCGACUCUCGAUAGAGAUGUUACUGAAAGAGAAAUAUUAGUACACAUGAAUAAAAUAGGAAGCGUGAAAGAAUACUCUUCAUUGGCUCUCCCCAUGGUGAAGCCUUCAUUUGAUAGGCUGUCUUCAGGCCAGACCCUGUCACCUGGCUACCCUGCUCCGUUCCUAUUUGCUGAUGGCAUUUCCUCUGUUGAGACUCUACUCACUAACAUACAGGGCCUGCUGAAGGUGGCUGUAGAGAAUGCCCGUGUCCAGGACAAUCAGAUCCAGGCUGAGAAGAGAGAACUGAAGAUGGAGCUGUACAGAGAGAGAGAGAUGAGAGAGAGUCUGGAGAGACAACUCACCUCUGAGUUACAGAGCAGAGCCUCCAUUCAGAAGCGAUUAAAGAAAGAGAAGAAAGCUAAGAGGAAGCUUCAGGAAGCGUUGGAGUUUGAGUCCAAACGGAGGGAGACAUUGGAGCGUUCUCUCAAACACUCCGCCUCCCCUCUCCCCCUC